AGUGAAGAUGAUGCUGCGCCUCCGCGAGGACGCCCGUGAUGUGUGCACCGGCGGAGCGGCUGUUGAAUUUCUGAAGAGACAGGAGCCCCAAGGAGAGCGGAGACGGCUCCCGAGACGCGCAGAUUGAAACCGCUUCGCGAGGCUAGUUCCACCACCGAGGAAACAACGCGUUUCGACUGCGCAUCUGUACCCGGACCGAGAGCUGGAGAGCUCGAGGUUUUUUUAACUUCAAGUUUUGUGUUUUGGGUCGACUGACCGGAGACGCUGCCAACCCGGUCAGACCGAUCCUUCGCAGGGGGAAGGUGGGGAGACAUCAGCACCUGUUCAUUACCUGUAAAUAUCGCACAGUGACUUUAUUUCACUUUAUCUGAGCCGCCCCGCGUUCGCUGUUCAGAUGAUACUGUCGCUUAAACGCGCGUCUCCAAAGAAGGACGCACGGAGAUCGCACAGGGGCCGGGAUUAUUUACUCUCAUCCCUCUUGUAUUCAAUGUCGCUCCGCUAUAAAUGACCCUAAAUUACAUUUUUAUGAACUGAAUACCCCCAUCUUUAAGAUAUCAAUUAAUCCACUGAGAAGGGGAGGAGAAAGGAUCAAACUUUGUGCGCAAAAUAAGUUGUUCAGGCUUUUUCUUUUCUUUUGUAACUCUGCAAAGGUUGGUGCGCAGCAGGCACUACUUUUUUUGUGGGUGGCUGGGGCAUCUGUUCUACGAAGUGACGUUCUUUUUUAAAUAGAAAAGCAGUGAUCCGCGUCUUGACGCAUUACCCAGGACUGGUUUGCGUGCUUAAAAUGGACUUGACGGAGCUGCCGCGGAGGAUGCAAGGGAGCUACCGUUUGGCAACGACACAGGGACAAAACUGAGACUCCUGGAAAAAUCUUCUCGGUUCUGGAGAACAGCUGGUCCAUGGAGCUGAGCGGCUGGAACAGCAGCAGCGUGAGCAGCGCCGGAGCCUCCGUGCACAACCAGAGCAUCAUGAAGCUCGCCCCUUACUCCCCCGAAGCCACGGCGGCCUUCGCCACCGCCAUAACCUUGAUGGUCAUCUUCACCAUCGUUGGCAACAUCAUGGUCAUCAUCGCGGUCCUGACCAGCCGGGCUCUCCGGGGACCGCAGAAUCUGUUCCUGGUGUCUCUGGCCGCCGCGGACAUUCUGGUGGCCACGCUCAUCAUCCCCUUUUCCCUGGCCAACGAGCUGCUCGGCUACUGGUACUUCAAAUCCCUGUGGUGCGAGAUCUACCUGGCGCUGGACGUGCUCUUCUGCACCUCCUCCAUCGUGCACCUGUGCGCCAUCUCGCUGGACCGCUACCUAUCGAUUUCCCGGGUGACGUACGGCCGCCAACGGACUCCCAAGCGCAUCAAAGCCGCCAUCGUGGUGGUGUGGCUCAUCUCUGCCACCAUCUCCUUCCCGCCCCUGCUCUCGCUGAACAAAAGCGAGGGAGGGGAGGAGGGCAGCGAGAGGGGGCCCCAGUGCGAGCUGAACGACGAGCGCUGGUACAUCCUCUACUCCACCAUCGGCUCCUUCUUCGCGCCGUGCCUCAUCAUGAUCCUGGUCUACGUGAGAAUCUACCAGAUCGCCAAGCAGAGGACGCGCUGCCCGCCGGGAGAGCCCCGGAAGGACGGGGUGGGCUCCGCCACGCCGAGUCAGCCCCCGCGACGCGUCGAGGCCAACGGGAAGGAGGACGAGGAGAGCACGCCUCCUUCAUCCAACAAGACCUCCAACACCAGACCCCCCACCCUCGCCAUCACCCUUUCCCCUUGCCCAGGAGACACGCAGACCACCCAGUAUCCCACCUCCAAUAACCUCCUGCAACCUCCGUCCCCUUCUCUCGCUAUGACCCCUGUCACGACCUGCCAUGACACCUCUUCCCACGGGUCCUCUAGCCCCCCCUUCCCCGCGCCCCAGCCCGCCCCUGCCAAGACUAACGAGAAGGGGAAGAAGGGCAAGCGGCAGGGGUGGAAGAAAGCUGACAACAACAACGGCGACAGCUCGAGCUCGGAGAGUGACAUGGAGCACAGCCACGGGGGAGGCCGAGGCAGCGCCAGCAUGCCGGGGUCACCGGGUGGGGUCCACUCCCCGGCCUCGGUCAAGCGCUACCGGGACAUGAUCGCCACCUCGAAGGGGGCCCGGCUAGUGCCGGGGUGGAAGUCCAAAAUGGACAACAACCCCGGGGCGGCGAGGCGCAAAGCGAUGGUCAACCGGGAGAAGCGUUUCACGUUCGUCCUGGCGGUGGUCAUCGGCGUCUUCGUGGUGUGCUGGUUCCCGUUCUUCUUCUCUUACUCCCUGCAGGCGGUGUGCCCGGAGACGUGCGCCAUCCCCGGGCCCCUCUUCACGUUUUUCUUCUGGAUCGGCUACUGCAACUCCUCGCUCAACCCGGUCAUAUACACCAUCUUCAACAAAGACUUCAGAAAGGCCUUCAAAAAGAUACUGUGCAGAAGCACCAAGGGUACUUUCUUUUAGUAGACAGCCCCGCUGUUUAGGACACGCACUGACACACACAAACAAAACAUGCAAUUUCAGAGGCAUAUGAAAAAAAACCCGAAAUCAUUUCCAUUUUUCAGAACACUCAAAGGGCUGAACUGAGAGACUCUUUUUUUUUUUUUUUACAAGCCAGUGUGUGCGAAACAGGCAAUUUAAGGCAGCUUGCAGCAGACACACACACGCACAUACAUUUUUACAGGGUGUGUGGGGUGACAACAGGACAUGGGAGUCCAGACACUUCACUGCUCAGCACUUCAGCGUCGCCGAUCAGACUUUGAUUGCAAAGUUUUAUCUCCAGAUCACAUUUGACAACGGAUAAUGCUGGGCGGUGCAGAAAGACAACGCAAGAGAAAACACUGAGAAUGAACUCCUCAAUUAAAAUACAGUUUAAUGUAUGAUAUUUAUGGAGCAAUGGGGGAAGAAAGUACAAAGAAGGAAAAGUGACCUUAGAUCCCUGUGAACCUGGGGACAUUUUUAUUCAUCAAUACAGAGCACAAGGGGUGGGGCGGGGGGCACAAAGUGAGCAGUGAUUUGUCUGCAGUCUUAAUUUGCCAAAGCCGCGUGGCAAACAUGGGGUCCCUCGAUGUUUAUCUCAACAACAAGGUUGCUGACAAUUUCAAAUGUGAUAGCAAAAGAUAAAAGUGAACAGCCGAACUCGUGGGGCUUUCAUGAGGAGGGCGGGCACACGUCAGACAGCUCUGCCUUCGGCGUCGGCCUUCAACGGACACUCAGGUUGUUUGUACUGACACUCUUGGCUUUUUUGGCCUUUCAUGAAAGACACAAUAAGACUUUGGACUUUCAAAGAGAACCACAUUCGCUGUUGUUGUAGAAAGUGAGAUCCUCCUCAUCCUCCUAGCUGGCUAUUCCCUGGUUUUUUAACUUUACCUGGACUACCACACAUGAUUGGACUGGACUCCUUCUAAUGAACUCAGUAUUUGGACAUUUAAGAGACAUUCCAAACUGUUUUAGCCUCUUGAAAGUGCUUCAGAGGUUGUGUCCAACAGGAGGAGCAUCUGCUGAAGACUGAACAAAAAAAAAAAGGCUUCUUAUUCGACAUUGUUUUCCGGAAAUCUGAUGAAGCAGGUUGACAUUUACAUUGCCUGCAUGUAAACGACAGACGAACAAUGCAGUUAUGGAUGUGUAACGUUAGCCCUAAUUACGCCUACACAGGGUUACUGCGAGAGCCAUAUUUGGCUGAGUCACUCUUUACCAACGCCUCUGGCACAUGGCCGCCUGCAGUGGGCCUCCACAUGGUGAACUGGGUUUAUAGCUGAGAAAAUAUGAAUGGUGCAUUUGUUUUUUCUCACCAUGAGACCGAGGCUCUCUGUCAGCUUGUAGUGUCUGUAUAUGUGAACAGCACACAGGCUUAUCGACUCAAUGGGACAAGGGCUGUCAGCAGCGACAAUUCAAUUUACAAAUUGAUACUGCUGACCUGUAUGAGUGUGUGUGUGUGUGUGCGUGUGUAUGUGUGUGUGUGUGCGCGUGUGUGUGAAUGUGUGUGUGUGUGUGUGCGUGCGUGUGCGCGUGUGUGUGCGUGUUGACUUUGGUGUUUUCCUGUAGAGAGUGACAGUGCCUCCUUCCGGCUGCUGGGUGCUACAGAUCUACUGUAACGUUGAUAUAAGAAUGGAGUCCAGAAUUCCUGGUGCAGGCAUCCCUUUGUGAAUGUUUCUACUUGACGGACAGAUCGGCAGUACGGAAAUGUGUCUCUGAACCAAGGGUCUUUUUAGGGAUCGCCAUCAAGGGGACCAAGGAGCCUCACAGGACACCAGACCCGACUCAGUGACACGCGGCUUCUGUGUCCGCUUUAACGAAGCAUCACUUUGUAUUUUAGGGUGUGGCCUGUGACCUGUGACCUGUGACGGGAGGCAAUGUUUGAAAACACUGUAUUAUUUAUUUCAAAAACGAUUUUUGUCUUUUCUGUCCGUUACCUAUUUAUUGUACUGUGCUUUUAUUCUGAAAGUGAAAAAAGAAAAAGUGGAACAGAUAUCAAAGAGCGAGAACACUGUACAGAUUUUUUCAAACCUUGAAUUAGAAAGGAUGGAGCUCUGGCUUUGUGGGGGUUGAGCUGUAUUUGAGCUUGGGGGGGGGGGGGGGGGGGAUGCAUUUGUGUUGAACCAAAGGAACGUGAACUUUGAGUUAUGUGCAACAAUGCAGAGACUACAAUGCUAUGUUUGCCAUUUGGUUUCAUCUAGCAUGGUUAAGAAAAAAAAAGAAAAGGUUCAAUCAGAGACUCAAGCACAUUCGUGGAUGUACAAUCUAUAUAUCGAGCAGAAGUCUCUCCUCGGCGCUGCUGUCGAAACUUUUCCUGAAGAAGUGAUCGAACACGAAAAAGGCCAACAGCGGCCCGUAGCCAGUUUUUCAGUUGGAUGAUUUGCAGGCUUUGUGCGGGACAUUAAGGCUACAAUCCAUCCCACACGGAGAUGCUCGGAGACUCGAAUAACUGACAAAACAAAAUGUCUGAGAGCAAGAGCUCCGCGCACGAAUACAACCGGUUGUUUUUCUCUCAACAGCUACAGCAACGCAACAGAGGCCAUCAAUUCAUGGCCGUUUCCAAUGAAUCUGAGUUGCAACGCUGCUCAAAUCCCCUUCCCUACCAUGGCUUUAUGUGUUGAGAUUGCUGCUUUGUUUAUUAUACUAAGAAUGACUUAUGGCUUACAGGUGAUGGAUGCAGUAAUCCGCCUCUCUAUCACGUCCUCUCGCCUGAAACCGCCUGUAUUGUCUCUUCUCCAAUACUGUGUUUGGACCAAACUGCACGGUCUGAGCUUUGCAAUCUCCUGCCCCCCCCCCCAUCUGUCAUCAAACCCUCUCCAGUUCAGAAAAAAAUAAAGCAACUUGAAAACGCAUGAGUCAUUUCACCGGGCU